AUGAUCGUAGCUCCAGGCCAUUUGGAGGCGCGGGACGCCAUCCGACAUAUUGAGGCCAGACAAGGACGAGGACCACCAACGCCAGUAGCGCCAGCAGAUCCACCAGAAGAUGAUGGAGACAUUAUUUCCAUGAUCCUCUCGGGGAUUUUUGGUGGAAUUGACGACGAGCCGACGACAACAUCGACCAGAUCCUCGACGCGGUCAACAAGCACACGCUCCACGAGUACGACGACGAGCAGCACACGCUCAACAAGCACGUCUACGUCGACUCGUACAACCGCAGAGGUCGUGACCACGCCGCCGCCAGUGGUUGCUACUCCAACCCCAUCGUCGAGCUCGGCGCGCUCAACGACGAUAAUCACCCAAACUGCGAACAAUGCAAACAAUACGGCUAACGAUACAUCUAAGAACAACAGCGGUUUACCCAGCGUCGUGAUUGGAGUCAUUGUAGCCGCCGCCGUCAUCUUUGGCCUCAUCUUUAUUGCCCUCAUUGCUCGCAAGAUUUUCCAAGCCAAACGACGUCGUAGACGCGCUACCUGGGCUGAGAAUGGUGGGGUCUCGCCUUUCCAAGAUCCGCUAGUGCGUGAAAAGGCGCUGCCACCACCCCCACCGCCCGAGACGCAAGACUACACGGGUUACCCAGCGUAUCCUCCAGCAGCAGUCACCUUUGCGAACCAACCCGCACCUUAUUCCCCCGCAGCCGCAUCGUCUGCUGGAUACCCCGCGCCCUAUCCAUUUGGCGGCACAGGCAACGUCGCGCAACCAAAUGGAGUAAUAGGCACAACUACAACGGCUUCCAUGUUCCAAUCCUCGUCGGCCUAUUCACCCGCCGACCUUGCCGGACCCGUUGUCAUCCAACAAACCCCACCGACACCGAUCGCCGGCUCCACCACCGUGCCCGCCGCAAGCGCACAAUUGUCCGUCGUGAAGCGGACGUUUAUCCCAUCUCUACCAGACGAGCUUUCUAUCGCCAAUGGCGAGCAAGUCCGCGUGUUGUCGUUGUACGACGAUGGAUGGGCAUUGUGUGAAAAGGUGGCUACGGGCGAGAAGGGUGUCGUCCCACAGGAGUGCCUAGAGUCGGCUCAAUCCGCUGUGUCCAACACCCCUGCCCAGCAACUCGCUGGAAGCGAGGAAUCUGCUCGUCUAAACAGAAACAGCAGCCUCCGACGCGGACAGGAACAAACCUACUAA